AUGAAAUUUAUACGCAAUUGGAGACAUUUGGCAUCGAUACUGCACGUCGACUUGGAUGUCAUUAGACGACUUGGACAGUACGGUGACAUCAGUCCUACCAUCCGAUUAUUUGAUUAUCUUGCGACCUCGAAACCAGAUUUGACGAUUAAAGAGCUAAAGGACAUCCUACUAAAGAUCGGAAGAAACGACCUAAUCAGUUUACUGGUCACAAAAGGUAUAUCACAAAAUAACUAAUCAAUUGCUAUUCUGUUUGUGUCAUUAUUUAAGGGACGUUUGGAGGUUGCCGUUUUUCCUGAGACACAGAUUUUGAUGCUGUUAGUUAGUAGACCUUGUUGGUGUUGUUUUUGCUUCUUAGGGACGGUCUUGGCUCACUGAAAAAUGACCAUUGGUCAACUGUCUGAAUAAAAAUAGAUUUCAGAGAGCUUUUAAAAACUAUUUGAAGGAUUUUUAUGUUAGCUUUUAACUGUUCAAAUUUGUAUGAGGGAGAAUUGCGAGUCUCGUGAAACACUGCAUGGAGGUUCUGCUCAUCAUGAUCGCAACAUAUCUUUUUUUUUUAAUUUAAAUUUUUCCACUGUAUGUGACAGUUAAUCGACAAAGUUCUCAGGAAUUCAGACUUAGUUUGUUUCUCUCAAUUUGCUUGACUAUCAGCUGGUUGCGCUGACAAUGAAAAAGUUAUUGAUGUGAUCACUUCGCCAAGUAACGAAGUUCCUUCACCCAAAGUUGGUCUAUUGGACAAAAUUGCGUUGGCCUUAGACGGGACGUCACUGGUUGUGUCAAACUGGUAUACCUUGGCGUUAAAUCUAGGUGUGCCAAGAAAAACCUGCUGGAAUUUUGAGAGACGAUCGACAGAAAAUCCGACCGCCAGAAUGUUCCAGUAUUUGGUUACCAGUUGCCCAAAAAAGACACUUUUAAGUCUAAGGGAAGCUCUGGAUUCUAUUAACAGAAAGGAUCUGAUAAAAUUUCUUCAUCAGGAGAAACUAAGAGGUAAAGUGCCAGUACUGCAUCACAAAUAACUAAAGUGUAACCAAGCCUAGUACCUCUGCAGCCUGCGACUUGUUUUUAAAUUGUCAAUAAAAAAGCUAGAUUCUGCUGUUUUUAAGGCAUUCCCUAUGUAGAACCUAAUAUGCAAUUGGCUGCAUGAGUAUUUCAAGACUGGAUUGGGCAAAAGUUCUCUCUCUGCGUGAAGGCCCCAUUCCUGGGAAGUUAACUAAUAAUGAUCUGUAGCUGCCUUUACUUUUCUGUAGACGACAUGUUUCUUAAAGAUAUCAUAACCCCUGGAUCGGAACUCUUAGAAAGGUUGGCGUUAGAACUUAAUCGAGAGGAUAAUCCUGUAGUAAAAAACUGGACACAUCUGGCCUGGAAAAUGGACUUACCAGCUGACGUGUGUCGAGCGCUUGCUGAUGUCAAACAAAUCAGGAAUAGUCCUACAAAAGAGGUCCUAGAAUGGGUGGCCGCGAAGUUCCCUGAAACAGCAUUAAGUGACAUUGCAAAGGCACUAGACGGGAUUCAGCGAAACGACGCUAUACAGAUAAUAUCUGAGCAUUUUCCAGACACAGUUGGUAAGUAUUCGCGGAUAUAAGUACAUUGGGCUUCUUGACAGCUUCAUUGUUUACCUUUCCUGAAAUAAUUUCUGUCGCUACGGUACUUUCAGUUUCUUGCUCCAAGCCUGCUAUUUUUCGUUAUGCAACGAGCAAUGAUCUCUGAUGUGCAUUACCUCGUUCCCCUUGUACAAGAGAUGGCUAGAAGAAAAGUGAUCGAGUACAGGCACAUGUUACGUUUUAAAGAUUCUCAAAGUGUGAAUGUUGGAUACCUUUUCUCUUUCUUCAGAUUUAGCCUUGCAAGGACUUGGUUGUUCAUUCAAGGACAGCUCAACCAUGCCAGAUCCAAAUCAGAUGUUUUCAAUUAGCUUUGAGAGAGAAGCACAGGAUUCUUUUCCUAACAUACGUAAGUAGAAAAGCAUUAAUUCACCCUUGAUGUUCAUAGCAUUAGCCUUGGUCGAAAUUGUGCUAUAAUUAUGUAACUAAGAACGUUCGUUUCCAAUGGGCUUUUCAAUAUUUUCUUGUCCUUACUUAGCUUAAUUAUUCAAGGAGCUAACGCUCAGAAUGCUUUAAAGUGGGGAAGAAACCUCAUCAAAUAGUAAUCUUCGCAAAACUAUAUGUUGAUGGCGUGAAGUCUUACGUAUUGGCUGUAGCUUGUACGCGAUGGUAGAUCAAUAACAGUGGCUACGAUUUGCCUUCUCGCCACCUCAAGGGGUGUUUUCAAACUUGAUCAGUAUACCACCAUGAUCUUCAGCGAAUUUUAAAAGCUGGCUAUUCAAAAUGCUAAAGUUUAUCAUUGGCCGUUUGCGCCUGAAUUUAACCAAAGGCAAUUGCAUGCCAAAAUUAUGUUGAAAAUUGUAAAAUCAACAAACAUGGUUACAAACGGGGAUUUUUCACAGCUCAGGAUCUGAUUAUCCAAAGAGUUUAGCAGCUCGAUUUCUCAGAAAUGCUUCGAGCGUUUAGCCCCUCUAAACCUUCCGUCUACAAAAGGUUCAUCUGUGGCAUUUUCUGUUGUUGGAGCAUAUACGUGAAAGCGAGAUCCAAAUUUUUUCGUUGUUGCUAUCAACUUCUACGCAACUAUUUAACUCACACUCUAAAUUGUCACCAGAGUUGCUUUCCUUUUUUACUGAAGUGAGGGCGAGUGAAAUGUCGGUAAAAUGAUUGUAUGCUCAUUAGCUCCCGUGGGGGGUUCUCAUUGUUUGCGUGAAAAAUCCUCGAGUUUACAAAGUUCGGUUGAUGGAAAUUACUUAGUUUAGCUUAACAGAACACACUUUCGAAUUCUGGAUGGCGCUCCCUUGAGAUUUUUUUAAAAUCACCAGCCGUCGUUCUUAGUUAACUACAUUCCUAGAAUACAAAUCAUUCCUGGAAUACAGACGGCUAAGAUAGGAUGGUGUCCGCGCGGACUAAUGUUGCAUGAAUCAGCUGAUACACCGAGAUCAGAGAAUCGUAUAUUUUGCAAAUAAGUUGUUUUUAUCAAAUAGGCCAUCCUUUAGUUUUUCUUUCUUCCUCUCCAAAAGCUCGAUCUUGGUUUUCUAACUUGUUGCUUCUGAAAUCUGUCAAGCAAGUUUUAUCGACGCUGCUGGGCUAUUUUCGGCCCUUUCUUCUCUUGUUCUGGACCUAUCAAGGCGCGACCGCAUUCAAAUCUUCCCCCUUCAGUGCUCAUGAAUAGCUGAUAUUUUUGUAAUAAGUCAUAGUAAUCUGUGAAUAGGGGAAAGGGGGAGGGGGGGAUAGGCACGACUGCUGUGCUUUAUUCCGAUUAAUAGUGGAAAGGGGUAGAUGGUCUUUCUGUCUUUUAACUUGCAGAAGUGAAGGAACAAUCUGGUCAUUAUGGUAACUUGCCAGAUCGGAUUGAUUUGGUGGGCCGCAAUGAAACAUGCGAACGUAUCAUAACUGCCCUGUCUUCAAACAAGGCUGUUGAAAUUGUAGCACCGCCUGGAUAUGGAAAAACGUCGGUGGUAAUAGAGGUCGCUCAUAGGAUGAUCGAAAGGAAAACGUUUGUCGCGUACGUUAAAGGUCGAGGUGUCACUUGUGUAGAAGAUUUAGCAAGCACAAUAAUCGAGACUCUUGGGUACGUUCCCGGUGAGAACACAAUAACUGAAGUACUGAGUUGCAUAUCUUCUUUAAGGAGAAAAAGUGUUGUGUUGAUCAUUGAAAACAUUGACAACUUGCUGCAUCUUGAGGAUAAAGUUAGCAAGGAUAAAUACCAUCAGGAAUUAAAAUCCGAAAGUUGCUGUACUGAAAUGUUGGGAAAAUUCACAAAGGACAACUUUUUGACAUUUCUUAAAGACCUUGGACAAAGUCCAAAUAUUCAACUUGUCCUCACAUCUCGAGAAACCUAUGAUUGCAAUGUGUCUUUUCCUCUUGAACUGAUUGACCUAGAAUCUCUGAAUGACAACGAUUCAGCUUCUAUGUUCUCAAGGUGUGAGGAUGGUCUGAACAACGAUCUGAUUAAGGAGCUGGUCAGAGUUUGUGGUGGUAUUCCCUUGAUAAUAUGCACAGUGAUCUCGAGUCUGAAGAGAGAAAAUCCACAGAGGGUGGCGCGUAGACUUGCCACAUCUUCACCAAGUCUUCUUGUAAGGGAAUUAAACCUUGACUUUUUACCGAAUGAGGAUCGUAUCGACAAGUGUCUUGAAAUCUGUUUCGAUCGUUUAAGUGAAGAAAAUCAAAAGAUUUUUGUGAUGUUCUCUACAUUUCCCCACAGAUUCACGCAAAAGCAAUUCCAAACAGUCUUUCGGUCAUUUGUCACAGCAGAUUUGCAAACUUGCCUGAAUUCCUUGGGGCACAGCAGCCUCCUUCGCUUCGACAGGGAAAGUUGUCAGUAUUCCCUCCAUCCUUUCAUACGAGAUUUCUUCUCACUGAAGUCCGAUCACAUAGACGCCAAAUCAACUUUCAUUCGUCACUACAGUGACUUUGCUGUUACACUUUGCGAAACAUUCUUGAGUAAAGAUUGCAAGUCGGCAAUUGAUCAGUACAGAUCUGAAAAGGAAAACAUUCGGGAAGCCAUGGCUUGGUGUGGAGACGAUCAUCCUGAGCUUGACCAAACUUUCAGGGAGCAAUGCAUUGAAGCCUUCAACAAGGCAGCUGUAUUUCUUUCAAAGGUGAUGCGCAAACAAGAAUUUCAGUCGCUCUUUUGCAAGCUUGCGUAUCGAUGUCGCUCCCACUUGCACCUCUACAGCGCUUGCUUGACGAACAUCGGAAUGAAGAUAGUACUAAGCUGCACAUGUACCCCUCACAUUUGUCCAAGAGCCUUGUGUCAGGCCAGAGAAAUUUUGACUCAAGCAAAUGACAUUCAUUCCAUACUUACGAACGUGAAGGAAACCACUCGUGCUCAGUGCAUGAGCAAGUUUGGAUUUUGUUAUGUUCGCGAGGGUCGCGUUGAUGAGGGCUAUGAAUACCUCGACAUCGCCUUGAAAUUGCGAUGGGACAGAGUAGAGAAACUAAAGAGGAACAAAGACCAUGUCAUGUUAGCUGCCUGUUUCAACGAUAUAGCAGGUUGGUGGUAAUUUAAUUUCUUAAUGCAUUCAUGGUAACAUAUAUUAAUAUAGGGAAUUAUCUAUAGGGAAAGUUAUGUAAAUGGUUUGAACCCAGGAGUAUCAGUAGUUCGUAUAGUGUGAUCGUCCGGGUGAGUGUAGUUCUGAAAAGAACUGUUGUUGGUGACUGACGUUUCGACAACCUGUGCGGAAGUCAUCUUCAGAGUCAAGUGAAGAGUAGUUGGCAGUCGAUGAUGUUAUAAAGUCACAGAAUCGACUGGGACUCUGCUAAACAAACUAUUUUCAACGACUGACUUUGGAAAGCUGGUUUACCAACUUAGAACAGACGCCUCUCAGCUUGGCAUCGACUGCCAACUACUCUUUACUUGACUCUGAAGAUGACUUCCGCACAGGUUGUCGAAACGUCAGUCACCAACAACAGUUCUUUUCAGAACUACAUUCACCCGGACGAUCACACUAUACGAACUAAGAAAGUUAUCUUCACUGAUCUUUGCCAUAAAAGCUAGGCAGUUAGAUCCACCUUGCAUAAGCUUCAUUAUGAUUGAAAUUGUUUAAGUACCAUGCAGAUAAAUUGAUGCAACAAUUAGGAAGCGACGUUGGUGGCAUAGGCUGGUGGGUAGCAUGAGCUCAAGCUCUUCACCACUCUAGUACUCAAUUGGUAUUACUAAUGUGGGUCUUGUAAGUUGAAGAAAAAGCGCAAUUUUGAAAAUAGACAGUCGACCUAUCGACCUUGCAUCAUUCUUUUUUUUUUUUUCGUUUGACCAACAGCUUCUCAAAUGGUGCAGCGGAAUCACAUGAUGGCCAUACAAACAUGGCUGUUACAUGUCCUUCCUGUUUAUGAAGAGAAACUCGGUGACCACCCUUUUACGGCAACCACUCUUAGUUGGAUUGGUAACAGUUACCACGCCUUGGGUGACUACGAAAACGCCAUUAAUUACAGCAGCAGAUCAAUUUCAAUCCGAAGGCAACUGCUGGGGCAACAUCAGGAGACUGCAAAGUCUCUGUAUGAUGUGGGUGUGGCUUACAGCGCGAAACAGGACUAUGAAACGUGAGUAAAGAUACUUUGCUAUUUAUCAGAAAGCAUUAUGUAGAUCCGAUGCCCUCUUGGCAAAGAUAAACAACAAAAUCGAUUGCAAGCAAUAUUGACCCUAGCAAAAACAUUAAUUCUUCGUGUAUUUGUUCUUUUAAAUAUUUUAUCGUAAUCAAUGCAACUCCGUCAAAAUUUCAAUUUACAUGAAUUUCCUGCUGUUAAAAGGUUAGAGGAAAACAUUGAAGCCCAGAACGAGGAAAAAAAAAUAUUUUCGAGUAGUGCUCGUUUGGUCCAAAAAUAUGUUACGUUGUAUUCGUGCGGCGUCAACAAGUUGCUAGGCAAUGAAGCGACAGUUGCGAUGUGUGUGUUGUUUUGCUCGUUAGAUCACGUCCUUUUCUUCUAAUUUUACUGCUGUCAAGUCAAAUUUUCUUAUACGACCUCAAACUCGUUGUAUUUUGGUUUGAAAAAUUACAGUAAAUGACUCAAAGGUGAAAUAUCUAACAAAAUGUAUCAUAAUGUAGAUAUUUUUCAUCGUAGAAUUAUUUUUGAAUCGUAAGACGGAGGAAUGAUUUAAUUUCUUAAACUGGACCUAGAGGUAAUAUUUUCUAAGAGACUACAUCGUACUGAUGUGAAUACCGCUCGGUAAAAACAUUAGUAAAUAUGUGACAUCCUCUUUUGGCGGAAGACGUCGAAGAAAAUCAUUAUUUGACGUUGCAUCUUUCCUAGAGCCCUAGAAUACCUUAAAGAGGCAGUUGAUUACCAAGAAAAAGUAUUGGACACACAGGACGAGCUGAUUCACUCCCACCAAGCUAUGUCGAUUGCUCUUCGUGCUCUUGGAAGGGACGAAGAGGCAGAAGAAGAAAUGAAUCGCGCGGGGGAAUGCACGAGAAAGCUGGAUUCUUGGGAGGCCCCUUUAGAUAAACUGAGGACCCAAGAACGAGAGAGCGAAUGGAUAGAUAUUCUCCCUGCAAAGCCACGGAAUUCAGCAUCGUAAAAAACACCUUUCGCAUCAAACCGUUGAUCGAAUAUAGGUCUGACAACAGAUCAAUCAAUUGAACACAAACAAUCAAUGCUUUGAUAUUUAUUCAGUUUUCGCUCAGUGGUCUGGUUUGCUAGUCCUUACGGUCAGUAAAGCGUGAAGCUAAAAAUGUCUGUUAGUUUUUCUUGUUCUCCCUUUGUCUGACGGGCACUCCAAUGAAACUUCAAUCUCCGUAGAAGUCACUAUUUGCCACACAAAGGAAAACCCACGAGUAUUCCUGUACAAAAUGCCAUAGAAAAAGAAAAGAGAAAAAAUUGACUUGCGUGAACUCUUGAGAGAAACGUGAAUCGCAGGGAUUAAUUUUUCAAUCACCCAUUUUAUAGACACUGUGUAGGUAAGAAAUAAAUACUGAAGGAAUUUUUUUAAAAUAUAAUUUAUUAAAUUAUUUUUUUAAUUAUUGAAUAAAUAAUUCAAAAGAAGGCCCUAAGAAAAUAUUUCGUAACUCACAUUAAUCGGAUUAAUAUGUUAUUGAGACCAGACUGAUCACUGAUCCAUCAAUAAAGAUUGUGGUAGUUUCUUGUAUCAGAAUGGCUUAAAAUUUAAGAUUACCAACCACUGGCAGAACGGAACAUUAAUCGUUCAGCUUACUUGUUAAUGGUAUGAGUAGACCUCUUAAAAUUAAUAUCCGAC